GAGGGGGGGAUCGGCAAUGGAAUAUGCUGACCGAGAUGCCGAUGGCCCGCGGAUGGGAGGGCAGGUCGGUGGGGAGGCCGGGGUUUCGGAGGAGAGGGUCGGCUCGGCGGGGAAUGAUUCGAAGGUCGGUGAUGGGGAGGAGGUUUUCGAGGAGGCGGUGGAUGCCCGCGACGGCGGCUCGGGAGGGGAAGGACUGGAGCCGGCGGGUCCGGGCGGUGUCGGCGUACCCGGUCCUGAUGCGGACGAUGUCGCGGGUGGAGAUCGGAGCGGCGGUGUUUUCGAUGAGGUCGCUGGCGCGGGGCAUGAGGUCGAAGAGUUCGAGGAGGCAAUUGGCACGCCGGCGAAAAUCGAGAUACCCGAGGAGAUAGUCGAGGAGGAGAAGGUAGGAGGUUUGGUGGGCGGGGAGAGCAUCGGUGGUGCUCUUAAGGCAGAUGGGGUUGAUGAGGGAGGGACUCGUGAGAAAGUGCCAGUCGAAGAAGAAGAUGAUGGAUUGAUGAGUAACGGGGAGGAUGCCGUGAGGGAAGUAGCUGGGCUUCAUGUGGAUGGAGAGAUGCGCAGUGAGGCAGAUGAGUCCACUCCGACGCGUGGUGCAGUUCUCGGAAAGCUUGACAACGGGACCGAAGAUGAAUUGGAGAAUGGGAAUGUCAGUGUGGAAGGACUGCUUGACGCUGAUCAGAAGGGAACUUCUAGUGAGGAGGUUCUGUAUGCAAAUGAUCAGCGUGAAGAAUUAGUAGACACUGAUUUGGCAGCUGAAGGCAAACUUACCGUUGACAGGGAUCUGGAAGUUGCUCCAGCUGCUAAUCAUCCAGAUGAUCUGGAUGAAGGGAAUGCUACUUUGGCUUCAGAAAACGAAGGUCCUGUAAACGUGGAACCCAAAAGUGUGACAGCUAGCUUUGACUCACUCUAUGAUGAUGCUGAUGGAGAAGUGAAAAAGUCUUCUUCCGGUAUUGAUACAGAAUAUCAGAGUGACAUCAACAAGGAGGUGAAAGAUGCUACUAAUGGACCAGAUUCAUUUCAGGGGGAAAUCUCUGAGCAGGACCCAACUUCAACUGACAAGCCUUCGUCUACCUCAGAUGAGUCAAUUACUCGUGAGUGUAAGAUCUUGAAUACUUCAAAGGAGCUUAAGUCCGGGAAGGAUGAGCAAAUUACAAGUGGAACAAUUGAAAUUAACAAAGGGGAUGUGGCUUCUCCUACUCAGCAUCCUGUUGAAAAGGUCCAGGAAAAUCAUCACAAUCACACUUCAGCGGAGAAGCGUGAAAAGAAGGAUUCAGACAGUGUGGAUGAUCGUAAGAAAGUAAUCAGGGAAAAUGGUAUGCCGGCUGCCGAAGUUGCAUCGUCUGGAAGAUCAAUGAAUCAUGCUUCGGUACCUGCUCGCCCUGCUGGCCUUGGCCGUGCUGCUCCUUUGCUGGACCCUGCACCUCGAAUGUCUCAGCAACCGCGUGUUAAUGGAGCUGUAUCUCAUGCGCAAGCUCAGCAGAUUGAGGAGCCUGCUAAUGGGGAGUCUGAGGAACAUGAUGAGACCCGUGAAAAACUCCAGAUGAUACGUGUUAAAUUCUUGCGUCUUGCACAUCGACUCGGGCAGACUCCCCAUAAUGUCGUCGUGGCGCAGGUCCUGUACAGGCUGGGAUUAGCGGAGCAGAUUAGGGGAAGAAAUGGGGGCCGUGUUGGUGCCUUCAGUUUUGAUCGCGCAAGUGCCAUGGCAGAGCAGCUUGAGGCAUCUGGGCAGGAACCACUUGAUUUCUCUUGCACUAUUAUGGUCUUGGGGAAGACAGGUGUGGGGAAAAGUGCGACAAUCAACUCAAUAUUUGAUGAAGUGAAGUUCAGCACUGAUGCUUUUGACACUGGCACUAAGAAAGUUCAAGAUGUCGUCGGAACUGUUCAGGGGAUUAAGGUGCGAAUCAUUGACACGCCAGGCCUUCUGCCUUCUUUGACGGAUCAACGCCAAAACGAGAAGAUCCUUCAUUCUAUUAAGCGAUUCAUUAAGAAGACUCCACCUGAUAUUGUGCUGUAUCUUGACCGCUUGGACAUGCAAAGCAGGGAUCUUGGUGAUAUGCCGCUUUUGCGCACGAUUACUGAGAUAUUUGGACCCUCUAUAUGGUUUAAUGCAAUUGUGGUUCUAACACAUGCAGCAUCAGCCCCACCUGAUGGGCCAAAUGGUACUGCUUCUAGUUAUGACAUGUUUGUCACUCAGCGAUCGCAUGUCGUGCAGCAAGCGAUUCGUCAGGCAGCUGGUGAUAUGCGGCUUAUGAAUCCUGUUUCUUUGGUGGAAAACCACUCGGCAUGCAGGACGAAUAGAGCUGGACAGAGAGUGUUGCCGAAUGGUCAGGUUUGGAAGCCUCAUCUGUUACUGCUUUCCUUUGCUUCAAAAAUUUUAGCCGAGGCUAACGCACUUCUGAAGCUGCAAGAUAGUCCACCUGGGAAGCCUUUUGCAUCUAGGUCAAGAGCCCCUCCUUUGCCUUUCCUUCUUUCAACUCUUCUCCAACCGAGGCCACAGCCAAAGCUGCCUGAGGAGCAGUAUGGUGAUGAUGAUGGCAUGGACGAUGACUUGGACGAGUCAUCUGAUUCUGAUGAUGAAUCAGAAUACGACGAAUUGCCGCCGUUUAAGCGAUUGACAAAGGCCCAGGUGUCAAAGCUUACUAGGGCUCAGAAGAAGGCAUAUUUUGAUGAGUUAGAAUAUAGGGAGAAACUUUUUAUGAAGAAACAGUUGAAAGAGGAGAGAAGGCGACGGAGGAUGAUGAAGAAGAUGGCGGCUGCAGCCAAGGGUCAGCCAAGUGAAUAUGUUGAAAAUGCAGAAGAAGAAAGUGGCGGGGCAGCAUCUGUACCGGUACCCAUGCCAGAUUUGGCCUUACCAGCAUCUUUUGAUUCUGAUAAUCCUACUCACCGGUAUCGUUACCUUGAUAACUCUACCCAGUGGCUCGUAAGGCCUGUUCUUGAUACUCAUGGUUGGGAUCAUGAUGUUGGUUACGAAGGCAUUAAUCUAGAGCGAUUGUUUGUCGUUAAAGACAAGAUACCUAUCUCUUUUUCUGGCCAGGUCUCAAAAGAUAAGAAGGAUGCGAAUGUCCAAAUGGAGGUAGCUAGUUCCCUAAAACAUGGGGAGGGAAAAUCAACUUCACUAGGACUCGAUAUGCAGACUGUUGGGAAGGACCUGGCUUAUACUCUUCGCAGUGAGACUAGGUUUAGUAAUUUCAGGAAGAAUAAGGCGACUGCUGGAUUGUCCUUUACUCUCUUGAAUGAUGCUUUAACGGCCGGAUUGAAAGUUGAGGACAAAUUGAUCGUCAAUAAAUGGUUGCGUGUAGUUAUGACUGGUGGUGCUAUAACUGCUCGUGGUGAUGUUGCUUAUGGAGGCAGCUUAGAUGCCACCUUGAGAGAUAAAGAUUACCCUUUGGGCCGUUCUCUGUUCACUCUUGGCCUUUCCAUCAUGGAUUGGCACGGGGAUCUUGCUGUCGGUGGCAAUGUACAAUCUCAGUUGCCCAUCGGACGGUUUACAAAUCUGAUCGCUCGUGCAAAUUUGAAUAACAGAGGGGCGGGACAGGUCAGCAUUCGGGUAAAUAGCUCCGAACAGCUUCAAAUUGCUCUGCUUGGCCUCAUUCCACUAUUCAAGAAGUUGCUGGAUUUUCCUCAACAAUGGCAGCUUGGACAAUGAUGAAAAAUAGUUCCUACUUACUGCAUGAUGCAUGCAGUGACAGAAAAUAACUUGAAUAUGGUUUUUGUUGUUGUUGUUGGACCAGGCAAGUUCCAUCUUGACAUGUGGAUCAUAGUAUUCUAGGUUUUUGUCAUUAGAAGUUUGGCAUAUGAUGAGUUUUUGUUCCCUUGAAGCUACUGGACACAAUCACUCCCUCUUCUUUAAUGGUGUUUCAGUUAGAGUCAUGCUCUUGAAAUGACCUUCAUGUUGAGGAACCCUGAUGUUCUUUCUUUUCUUCCCCCUGAAAAUAUAUUUCUGCUUCACCUUUUGAUA